CGAGGGCACACUCGUCCACAAAUUUUUAAAUUUUAGAGUAAUAUAAACACUAAUAAUCUCUCUAUGUGCUAAACAUUCUAAGUUUGAUAUUUUAAAUAUGCAAAGGUAAGCGUGAAGGUCAAAGGCAUGUCUGAAGAUGAAACUAAUAGUGAGGAUCUGGUCCCGUUUGCGUUUCAAAUAUUUCUCUGGAGGCAAAGCACACCUUUCGUGCGACCAAAAUUUGGAAAAGUCCACGAUGCAGCUUGCAUGUUCUGCCAACGAGCUCCUGGACACCACGAGCUAAAAGAGGCUUGUAAGUCUUUCGAGAAAGUAUUGGUCCAAAAUCUAAGAUUUGGUCUUACCAACAGUCUCACAGAAGCAAUUGAAAGUAUUCCACGAUGGCGUCUAAUACAAGCGGCUUUGCCUCAUGUAAUGCAUUCAUUAGCUGCUUUACUACACAACAGAGUAAAAGACAAUAUGCAAUCAUUGGGAAAUGUGGAGACAAAACUGUUGUACACAUUACAUUGGAUCUUACUUGAUGCUUCUGAUGAGUGUGCUGACAAUGAUUAUGAAAAUGGGAAGUUUUUUUCUAACCCUUUUCACUAUCUUUUCUCCAUUCCAGCGAUCACUCUUUUUGUAUUCCUUUUUGCCCCAAUAUCUCAUCAUUUGAAGGAGUCAGAUUUUACUACAAACUAUAGAUUGGAGAAUGGUUUAAAAUUAUGGCAAGCAUUAUGGGAAUACAGGCAUCCUGAUGCUCCUUGCUUUACAACUCAUGUGAAGCCUAAACCAAAACCUUUUGGAGGGAAAUAUUCAAAGCGACAACAGCAUGGUGAUGUGUUUUUAGGGCGUAAAUUUUCUAAAGAAGAGGGUAUUGUUAAUAGCAGCCCUCCAAGUCAGAAUAUAUCUAUAAGCCAAUCAGAAGCCCCCUCAAAGCAAGCAAGUACUGAAGAGGAGCCAUGGUUAUCAUCACCUAAAGAUACAAUAUUUCCUGAAACAAUACCAGAGGAAAGUUCCAGUACUGAAGAGGAACAUGUGUUUAUAUACCGUCUCCCCUCCGAAUCCAACUAUGGUGGUCAAAAUAAGGGCGCCUACACCGUGUACGCAGCGGACCCUAGCAUAUUUCAAAUUCGGAAGCCGGACACUCCGAAACCAACGUUGCCAGGAAUAAAACCUCUUCCACAGAUUACAAAAAUGAGUUCCUCAGAUAAAGAAUCAUUGUCGGAGAGUGGAGUACCUCCAGCCCUGAAAACACCGACAUCAAUUGAAAAGCCGCCUACAAAACCAACCAAUGUAUCAGCAGCAACGAUACUUGACGUGGCUACACUGCGUUGUCUGUUUUCUGCGCAAUGGCAGGAGGAGGGCGUUUAUUGGGCGUUACAUUAUUUGUAUAAUCGAUUACGCGACAUAUGCGACGAUGGAACAAAACAAACGCAUCCACGGAAACGUAGCAACUCGUUACCCAUACCUAAAAUAGAAGUAUCUAUAUACCAAAGCUCGGAUCUCAAAGACUCUUUGAAAAACUUCAUAGAAAUUCCGGAAACGAAAGAAAUGCCGAUAACAGAAGUACCCUUUGCCCAAUCACCUAAGAUCGACGAAGAUAAUGUAAUGAUAAGACGUGCAAGUGAGAAGAUAAAGCGAAAAAUGAAAAUGUCCGACCUAAAAGCAUUUGUUGAGACAAAACUACUUUCGAAAUCGGAGAAGGCCUUGGAGAAAAUUGGCCAAGACGAACACAAGUUUAGCUUUCAUACUGCCGUAAGAAUGAUCUCUGAGUACCAUAGAUCAUUGGAUAAUACUGAAGAUCGGCCGAAUUCGGCGUUGGCGAGCAAUUUCCCGUUGGGAACGAGAUUGACUGGUGAUAUGCAGUGUAACCUUGUUAAAGGGAAAAGUAUGCCGAGUCUUAGCUGUCUCAUUGACGAGCUAGCUUCAAAUGGAUACAUAGGGGAAGUUAAAACCGAGAGAGCCCAUGGCUUCCCGUCAGCUGCAACCUCAAAUCUGCAGAAGAAAAAGAAUCCUAUCAUAACUGUGACAGAACACACUCCAACGCCAUCUCCUGAUUAUUUAUCAAAGACCAGACAGGGAUCUUUAGAGUCACAAAUGGACUCAGUCAGUAUACAAGGUUCUCAACACUUACCGACACCAGAAAGAAAGCCAAGCUUAACGCGAUCUCAAACUGAUUCUAACAUUACAUACAUUGUGGAAGAGAUACUGGAGGCGCCUGGGUCUAUGCAUUACAUCACUAAUGAUGGCGAUAUUAAUUUGCAAGUGGUUUUGAAGGCAGUAUAUUCGGUAUCUACAAUGGACAGUUUCUACAUCACAAUUCGAGUUAUGGAAGUGUUACUAAACUUGGUGGAUACUCUGAUGGAAAUUGGUGUUCACAAAAACUGGCAAAAUGAUACGACCCAAGAUGCUCGACCAGAAACGAUUGAUCCGUUGAGCGAGCUGAAUAAAGAUAGUAAGGAAAGAGACUCGGAAAUGAGGUGCACGCACAGCCAAGAAUCAACAAAUGUAGAAGAAGGAAAAGACAAAUCUCGAGAUGACGAAAACUAUGACUGCCCCUAUUACAUGAUUAUGCAUAUCAUAUUGAGGCUUUUACGUCAAUUGGGCUGCUCCCAUGGAUGUACAACAGCCCUUCGCGGCCCACAAGCAGAAUCCCUUAGAAUCCAAGCAAGGAAUUCCCUGCGAUACCUGAGAUCAUCAUGUGUCAAUAAAUUUGCCCAACGUUUAAAGGAAAUGACGAAAUUUUCACCCAUACGAGAAGUUUUGGACAAUCUUCAUGCUACUGUAGGAUUUUGUGCGGAACCGACUUUGGUUUCACCAUUGAGUCAACAAAAACGCAACGCAUCUAAAUCACCAGACCUAAGUCAUCUUCAAGCACAAUACGCUACAAAUUUUGGAGCUAACCAGGGAUCGAAUAAAACUAUAGACUCUUUCGUCAUAGAAACGGUGUUACGAGUACUUGUAACGAGAUUUGCGCUCAUGCAAAAGGAACUUAAAAUGCUUGAUAACUCGGCUUUGUACUCAGAAGUACGUUUACUUUUAAGUUACGUACGUGAAGCGCAUGGACACGAGUUCCGUUUGGUGGCCUUGAGUGGUCUUCUGGACACAGCCGAAAAACCGGGAACUCAACAAAAGGAUUCCAAUAUGCAGACAACGAGGGUUAUAAGGCACGGCUGGCGCGUCGCAGACGAAGACCGGGAGGCAGGAGAAGCAAGUGGAGGAGAAGAGAAAUCCCACAAGAAGUUCACUUUUAAGAAGCGCAGUGCUUCCUCUACAGGAGCUCAGAGUCUCCUAGAAACAGAAACGGGAGACGACUCAGCCAGUCAAUCACCAUUAUCAGUGCGCACGCGCCGCUACCAACUGACACCAAGACAAUCGGAACGAACAAUUCCUUCUAUAUCGUCAGUGGAUAUAUCACAUCAUAAGAUAUCACAUUCGAAAUCUAUACCAUCAAAGUUUCACAUCAGUGGGAUAAUGAACUGGUUCCGUCAAAAACCUCAACCACAGCCGUUGGGUCGAAACGGCUGUGGUUCCGGCGAGUCGUUACCCAUUUCCGGGAGUAUGGCGUCGUUGGCACGACCCUACAAUAUACACGUCAACCGACCUGUUCAUAUGAAACGACGUGUUGGAUAUACUCUCAAUAGGGCACGUAAACGUGUUGAAGAUCGAUUAAAUAGAUUUGGUAUCAGAAAAAUGGGAAAGAAGAGAGACGGCAGCAUUGAAGAAACUCCUGGCGGUUACAUGUCUCGUCGCGGAUCAAUGGAGGGUGGUUCAGGGGGUGGGGAUUCCGAAGUAGUUGUUUUAAAACGGCGACGUUUGGUGGCUGCAGCCCCACUGUACGCUGGCCUGGCCAGGUUCAACUUCAUGCUGGAAGCCACACAACCUGGAGCAACGCCUGAUGCGCUGUUUAUGGCUGCCCUAUUGGACCUUCCACACACAGUAGUAGUUGGUAGGGCAGCAAUUUUAUUGGAAUGUGCUCAAUUGGUUCACAAUUGUAACAAAGGACAAUGGCCGUAUUGGCUUAAAUCUAACUUGGGGAAAAAUCCUGUACCAUCGGGACCUUUGCAAUUGAAACGACAACGCUUGGCUGGAAAGCUUUUUUAUCAAUGGGCGGAAGCUAUUGGAAACAGACUGGAAGACAUGCUUAUAGAAGAUAAAAAGCACUUGGACACCGUUGUCAAUUUGGUGUCAGAUCCAGAUGGACAAAGAGAAUUGCUGCAACAGGACGAAGAAGAAGAUUUUCUCGAUGAAGCGAGUAUUCGCUUACCCGGGAAAUCAAUAGGCGCGGAAUGCCCACGCGCAUUGAGAAUGAUCGCUUGCGUCCUACUAUUCGAGAUAACUGCCUUCCUCCGGGAAACCUAUCAAAACCUGCCAAAGACCUGUCGAGCCUCCCUAAAGGAAAGAGGGCCAUGGGACCGCGUCUACAGGGAAGCCAACCGUCGUUGGAGUAUGGCAUUGUCCAGUAUGGGUCAUUCGCAAGCGUCUGCGCAAAGCCUACAGUCCAUAGCGGGCGUUGAGACAGAAAGGAAGAUAUCUUUCGUUCUACACGAACCCGAAAAUGUAUCUGGUGGUAGCAACGUUACUCUGGCAGAAGUAAUACCAGGUGGAGUAGAAGAUAAGAAGAGUCGUCUAACAUCGCGCGGCAAAGCGGGCAUACAUCGUAGGAAUACGCAACAAACACACACUGCAUAUGGUUCAUUUAAGAGAAGAUCGAUUAAGCUACGGCAGAAGGACACACAGCCAGAUGAAUUUAUCAACCGUCGUUCGGAUUCAAUUCAGAGUAGAAGAAAGGUUUCUUCACUUUCCGAUAGAAGUGAUACAUCAGAAGUUUAUCCUGGCACAGGUACAGUAAUAAUGCCAAAUGAAGUAGACAGCGGCGGAGAAGAAAGCCCUGGAGUACUGUCUGAUGACCAUGACCAUCCCCCGGACAGUCCUGACAGCAAUUCCACAGAUCUGCCUGACCAUAAUAAGAGCUACCCUUGGCUUAAGGUCAUGGUGAAGUUUUUGAAUUCAUUUAACUAUGUCUGCUGCCAUCAAAAUUUCUGCCAUCCGUAUUGUUUCCGACGGAAUAUGCGAGCUACUGAGCGUCUCGUCAAAUCUGUGCGAAAGAUAUAUGGUGAGAAGUUUGGGCCAGAAGUGAACACGGCGAGUUGUGAAGAAGGUUCAAUGGGGACUCGAAGGGGAAGACGAUCUCGGAAACCUUCAGAGCACUCCACAGAUAGGAUCGAUCGCUCCGUACUAGAAAGCGUGGGUAUAGCAUACCGUGCGGCGGGUGUAAAACACACAGUGCCAAAUACAGACACACCGCCUGUUCACAAACCAGCUACAAUUAUAUAUCCACCAACGGAAACGCCAUCCAUACUUAAAUAUUUAAAGGGACAGGUACGAGACGCAUAUCACACGCCGCUAGCAAUGCUAGUGAAAGGUGCGACGAUAAUGAACGAAGACAUAUUCGCGGAGAGCGCACCAGUCGCCUGGCAAUUGCUCCUUGAGGCCGAUCGGGAGCUCAGCUCGUGUGCGGCGGCCUUAUUCAUCUUGGCAGCUGUUAAGGCACCUCAUGCAGCGUCACAAAUUAUGCACAAUGAUUUGAAGCAUUCGGAACCGGCUAUUCGAAUCAACGCAAUACUAAGAUUUCAAGUGAUGUGGAAGCUGCGAUACCAAGUCUGGCCUCGUAUGGAGGAAGCAGCCUCGAUGACAUUCAAAGUGCCCCCUCCAGGGAUUGAAUUCACGCUACCCUCACCAAAGAUUGGUAUUGAAUCAUUGGCGGUAGUCGAUCCACCAUGGAGUCCCCAAGUAAAGGAUAAAGAUAUGGAAAUGACUUUGAAUCAGGAAAGACAUCGCUCACUUGUAACGGCUACUAAAACCCGCAAAAAGCAACAGACAGAAGCGAUCAAAAAGGCCUUACAGCAAAGAGAUGAUAAGAAGAAGGCAGAAAGAGAAAGUUUUCUUAUCACAACAAUACCAAUAACGCGGCAGGCUGCUAGAGAACCAGCCUUGGACCAUGUGGCCGAUGACCAUGUUGAACCGCCAGCUGAUGAAGAAGCUACUGAAGUCCGUGGAUCCCAUCACACUCAAGUUGCAUCUGCCUUGUUUCCUUCUGUCCUGUGCUCUGCUGUGGCUGAAAUCAUAUCGCUUCUAGAUGAUGCAGCUGUCUCCAGAGACGGCUGUUCAGUAUAUGAAGUCGCUUAUCAGGUUAUAUGGGGUUGUCUAGUUGAAGAUUCAGCAUUAUUCCUUCGGCAUGUACUUGAAAGAUUAACACGCGAUCAUCAAGAUGAAAUGUUCAAAUUACUUCGCCACCUCAUUCGCUUCAUACCAAGACUGCCCCAACAGGCCGCUUUUGCGUUAUAUAACUACAUUAUCGGUUAUGUAAUGUUCUACGUAAGGACACCACAUGAAGACGGCCAGAGAUUGAUUGGGGCUGCAAUGUCCAUUUUAUGGAUGGUGGUUCAUAGUGUCCACGGCAUUAUGUUUAAGGAUUUGAAACAAAUAUUACGCAAAGAGCAAUGCGAUGCGUCCAUUCUACUUACGGCUAAUGUUCCAGCAGCUAAGAAGAUUAUUGUUCAUGGCCCAGUUGACAAUGAAGGGACCAUCCCUUCUCAGUUCCCGGUACAAGAAGAUACACAGUUUUGUCAAAUUCUUCGUGAGUCACUGGACUACUUUGGAAUACCAGAAAAACAACAUGAUGAAUAUUUUCUAGUUGAUUUUAAAACACGUCAAAUUCACAAUCCGCAAAGUUACGUACGAGACCACUACUUCUUCAAACGCUCCCAGUAUCCACAACUGGGUCUGGUCCACAUGGAACCGGAGGAAGCUUUCCACAAAUUGCAGCAUCAGGAACUAUUGCAUAAAUUCGUUGAAAUCGGCAAAGUUUUACUCGCUUGGGCGAUUUUAAAGAAUGUUGACAUGGUAGUACAACGUGUAGUAUUUCUUCACGACGAAUUAAUGAAACUACCUUCAUUUCCACGUAAAGCUUUAGAAGCUGACUUAGCUUUGUAUAGCCGAGGUCCUCUUGGUUCCACUCUACUUGGAUUGGAUGUAUUGCAUAAAUUCAUGUGGGUUCGCAUGAUUGCUCGUAUGUUCGAAGCAAUGGCGGGCAAUUUCACAUCUUCGAGGGACAUACAUUUAUUCCUAAACGUACUCAACGGGGCUCUUAUGCUACAUAGCGAAGACUCUUUAAUAUUAAGAUACGUAAUAGCGACGUACGUAAACGCGGCGUUCAACUUUAAGAAUAUAUUUUCGACAAAUGGCUAUCUCCUCAUAAUGCCAACAUUACUUCAAAUAUAUUCUAACUUCCAAACCAACAAGUUGGUGACAACUACCAUCGAGUACGCUGUCAAACAAUUCUAUUUGUUGAAUAGAAAACCAUUUAUUUUGCAAAUGUUUGGAUCGGUCUCGGCCAUUUUGGAUACGGACGAGGAAGCCGCCUAUGGUGAUGCUAGUAAGGUUCAAUCAAGCUGCCUAUUUAACCUUCUACUAAGCUUGGAGACACCGUCGCCUGACCCCUUACACAUAGCUGAAUUAAUCAAGGAGGAAAAGCCACUGAAACCUAUAGAUUUUUGCUAUCGUGAUGAAGAGGAAAUGGUCAAUGUAUUAGACUGUAUUAGUCUUUGUGUAAUGGUCGUUUCAUAUUCUGCUGAGAGUAUGAGAGGAUAUCAAAUGCUUAUUAUUCUAGAAGCCAUUUUACCAUGUUAUGUGAAGCAAAUACAACUCCCAACGUAUAACAGAGAAGGAAAGACUGAGAAAGAGAUCAUACAACAGUUGGCGAUCGCUAUCAAAACGUUGGUUAACAACUGCGAGGGACUCUCCAAAUCAUACAACGGCCCAUACAGAACCUCCCCAGAGCACAAAGGCUCGUCCCAAAGAGGUUGUCCUAGAACCGCGGCCACUCCUUUUAUGACACUUGACAUUCUGGAUGACGAAUCUCAUUCCCGAUACGUCAGUGAUCAUUCCAGACUUCCCCCGGUCGCAGAUUAUACCGGGGCUGAAGAUAGCGAGUUGGUUCGUGCCGAAUAUCGACGACCUCGAGAUGUUCUGUUGUCUCUGGUCGGCGACUUCAUAGGCCGGGCCAGUACGCGACUUAUUGAAUUGAACGGUUCUAAGGCCAGUGGUGGCAGCGAAGGCAAGCCAGUAGAGCUAUUGGAUUCUAAAUCUCAUGCUCGUCUGGCAGAAAUAGCCCACUCAUUACUCAAGGUGUCGCCAUAUGAUCCCGAAUCCAUGGGCUGCCGUGGUCUCCAACGCUACAUGAUGCAAGUGCUACCAGCGGCUGACUGGGCUGAUGACGCCUUAAGGCCAGCUCUCAUCAUGAUAUUGAGGAGAUUGGAUAAAGUCUUCUUGAAAAUCGCUAAGAAACCUAGUAUACGGAGAAAUACCGAUUGGGAUUCAGCAGCUGUGUUACUGAAAGGUGUUUACGAAACAAUGAUACGAUGCCCCUACAUCAUGCAUUGGCAGCAGAUCAAGACACUCCUAAAUACUGUUCAGGCGUUAAUAGUAUCGGAAAACAAUACGGGAGAGAAUCUUUCGUCAGCCACAGCGGCCCUGAUGUCCCAACCGCCGCCGCCGCAUUUCUGCAGCACUGUUGUUCGCCUGAUAGCAUUGCAAGUUAUCAAUACUGGGGAUAGUUACUCGUUGGAGCAAAUGUGUGGUGGUAGCGCUAUAUUUCAAUCGGCCGAAAAGACUGAGAAUAUGCUUAUGAAUUUAUUCAUGCCUCUUUGCUUGCGAGUCGGGAGUGGGAGAAAAGAUGUCCCACCACUUCGUCAAUCAGACGUUAGCUAUAUUGUAUCUGUGGUGCUCAACGCACUGUGUCCGCCUGCUCCUCCGGGGCAGUUGGCAGCUGUCAAUGCCAAGUUCAACGCGGCUGACGCACGCGUGAACUCAUUGACGUUUACCGGAAGUCGCGAUACAAGGAAUACGACAAGGCUGUCCAAUCAACUUUAUCGUAUUGCUUUUCUUGCGCUGAAAGUACUAUGUGCAUGUUUCACGAGCGAACUUUGUUCUGAGUGGGGACGUAUUGCACGUGCGAUACGCGAUCUCGGUCGACGCAAUGAGGCCUCGCAUCACCUUUGGGACUUCCUUGAACAUACUGUGGCCUAUCGUACGCCCUUGUAUGUUCUGCUACAGCCCUUUAUUUUGCAUAAGCUAUCCCAGCCCCCAAUCGGUGACCACGAGCGUCACAUGCAGUUUGUUGUACGCGAACGUGUACGCGGCCUCAAACUACCGGCCGCACGAGCACGCGGCGCCUUACUCGCUGAACUCGCUAGAGAACUUAGGACUAUGAGAGACACUCACGAUCAUUAUAAAUUCGAGCAAAUAGCGGAAAGUAUAGGACAGAGUGGGGGUAAACGAGCAUCUGAGGCUCUUCCACGUAAUCUCACAGAGAAGCAACAACAGCACCGGCCAUCUCUCAUAUCAAUGUUGGUGGGGCGUGCUGGACUGCCACGUACGCCUGACCAUCCGCCGGCUACACUUGCGGCUCAAAGAGAAUCGCUAUCAAGCAGUUCAACAACCAGUCAACACGUACCACAAUACGACUCCAACAAUGGUCGCACAGACGGCCCUGGAUUGAAUGGUGAACAGAAAGCCGGCCCGACCUAUACAAAUGCGCAAAAGUUACGGUUCGGUUCUUCAGUGGAAUUUAAACUUAACACUGGGGAGACAUCUCAAACACCACUAUCACCAUUAUCAAUGGGUGACUCCUGCGGAGAAGAUCCUUUGGAUGAAGAGAGACCUCGCCUCCAAAGGUCACAUGGACCUUCCAAGAAGACAUUUAAAUUUCGGCGCAGUAGGAAUUCUAAACCUGACCUCGCUCCUAUCAGACUUGAAUCUGACUCUUGUUCAUCUCCGGGACCUGAAUCUACGCCCCUGCGUCGGGCGUGGCCGGGCUUAUUGCCACCUACCGCCACUCAUACAGAUACAUCUUAUGACAGCGAGAUAUCACAGACCUCAUCAACCUCUGGAUACAGAGAGAGCUACAGCCUCCAGGCGUCUAUGUCGGAAUCCCCAGGCGCGCGGUCAAUGGCUGCCACGCCGCGCGCCAGCCCCGAUGCAUCUUUGAGUUGUGACUCUGUAACUUCAUCAGCUGAACGAACUGCUCUGCUGGGCGCUGCCAGCCAACAUACACUUUUAAGUGGUGAUUUAAGAGAUGAAGACACUCUUCUCUAAUAUGAUUAUAUAUGAUCCUCCAAUAGGAAUUGUUAAUUAAAGUAAAAAAUGUAAUUGUCUACAUAAAUAGAAAUUUAUUAGGUGAAGUCUGGUUAUGUAAAAUAGGUAAUUUUCUCAUCUCUUUGAGGUGUGAUUUAUUAGUAUUAUAUGUUGAAGAUUAUUU